AUGACUACGAGGUUAAGGUCGAGAAAAAGGGGCCGAAAGCCCCACAAAAAUAAAAAAACCAACAUUGCAACUUACAAAUUAAUGCAAACAAGUUGGAGUGUGCAAUCGAAACAGUUCUUCGAACACUCAACUCUUCAUGGUGUCAGAUACAUUGCGGAAGAUGGACGACCCGUCUUUGAGAAGUUAAUGUGGUUUGCUUGUGUGACAGUGGGAGCAGUCGCAACGGUUGUCAUAAUCAUGAGCCUGUGGGAGAAGUUCCAGACUAAUCCGACCAUCACGGGUUUGGACACCGACUUCCACAACUGGAAGGUGCCGUUUCCGGCUAUCACGAUUUGUCAGCAAGUUCCCGGCAGUCGGGAGAGAAUCCAGGAGUUUCUGAACGAUUGCAGGAACUAUGCAGACGACCCGGACAUAAGUAACAGUUCUGAAGUGGUGACUUAUCUGCAGCAACUUUCCAAACUUUCAUUGAACACAAUCCAGGAGUUUGUUAAGAUAAAUCAGCACUUUCAGUUCGUUGAUAAAGAAGCGAACCUACGAAAUCUGGUAUUUAAGCUCAUGAAUAAAUGCGAGGACGUGUUUGAUGGUUGCAUUUGGAAAUCGUACGACUAUAAUUGCUGUGAUGGAUUCUUUCCCGUGUUCACAGAGAGCGGUUUCUGUUACACGUUCAAUUCGCGACAUUACGAAAGGGAAAUUCCAGGAGUUAAAAAGCAGUUGCCGCCAUUCGAGCAAAAAUACAUCAAAGAAACCGACCUGAAAUGGUCCCUGAAGUUUAAAGUCAAAGGAAACGACACAAUGCCGAUAUACAUUCUGAAUUCAGACGAGAUGGCGGGUAUCGACGUACAACCGCAGCAUGUGUGGGAAUACAAAGUCAACAUAAUUUCGUUUUCGGUGAAACAAACUUACACGACGGAGGACACACGCCAGUUGAGCGUCAAACAAAGACAUUGCGCCUUUGAUCGUGAAAUACCGCUGCAGUUCGACGAAGGUUACACCUACACGACCUGCACCAUCCAAUGUAGGAUAAACCAGGCUUGGAAGCUUUGCGGUUGUAUCCCGCACUUUUACCCGCCCGGUGGCGGCUACAGACAAUGCAGGAUCGAAGAAUUGAAAUGCAUCGCCGAAAAUAUCGACGCCAUAAAGAUGGUUGAUAAGUGCGGAUGUGUGUUGGGGUGUUUGAAUACCGUUUACGAGGUCGAGAAGUUAAAUGAAGUCACAGAGAAUGAGGAUAAUCAAGCUCUGGAGGCGGAAUUUGUGUCUUGGCCGAUGUUGAGGUACAAGAGGGAGGUUUUGUUUGGUUGGGUCGAUUUGUUGGUAUCUUUUGGAGGAAUAGCUGGUUUGUUCCUUGGAUUUAGCUUGCUUUCUGGUGUAGAAAUCAUCUAUUACUUCACAAUUAGAGCUUGCUGCAUGGUGGUAAGAGAUAAGGAAGAACUGGAGGCGAUACAAAGGGAAGAGGAUUCCAAGCCUCCAACCGAAUACGAUUUGGGUUUGACGCCUUAUUUUAUAUCGGAUCCUUUACCAGGAAAUGGAAUUAACGAGAUUAUCAAAAAUUUUAAAGGAGAAACUCAGAUUGGUCAAAUUGUUCACGUGAAAGGAAAACAGAAACUGGAUGAAAGUAUUGUUCCUCCUUUUGGUAUAGAGUAUUUAAAUUAA